CCAUCACUUUCAAAUCCUUGAAUCCAUUUCCCUUCUUUCUUACUCUUCAAAAUAAUCCUAUCAUUUUCUUUUUGCAUCUUCUCACAUGGGUUCUUCUUUUUUUUCUUCCUUUUCUUCUCUUUGAUGCCAUAUCUUGAAGCUAAUUCCUUACCCUUUCUCUAUCUCUAGGUUUGAUAUGAAGUUAUGGGGAUCCAUUUUUUCAUCUACUUUUGUCAGUUUGAACCUUCAAGGUUGUACAAAACAACAAAACUUCCCUUAUAUUCUUGACUAAUUUGAGCAUUAUUUGUCUCACUUUUGAGUUCCCUCUUUUCACUGACAAAUAGCAGAUUCCAUCUCCAUUUACUAUGAAGAGUUAUUAGAACAUUGAAGCCCCUAAUUCUUGGGCUUUUUGGAACUCCAUUUUUUUCUCCCCCUUGAAACAUGUGAAAGACAGAUCUUUCUUUGUUUUUGUUCCUUUUCUUGUCUUCUAUAGGCCUUGAAACUAAUUCCCCAUUAUUUUAUUUAUCCCCAUCACUUUUUCUUGACUUUCUUAAAGUAUUCCUCACCUAUUUUCCCUUUUUCUCACCCUCCUCCUUAAGACCUCUAUCUUUUCCUCCUCUUACAAAAGUUUCAAACUUGGAAACCGGGGUGGUCGAGAGCUAACACCAUGUGCUCGGAAAUAUCCUCACCCAGAAUAUCAUUCUCGCAUAAUCUUAUAUGUGAGAGUAGAUCGCCGAUGGAUCAGUACGUCGAGUACAGGCGGCGAGACGUGUCGUUGUUGGAUUCGAUAGACUUUGAGUUCAACAUCAGCAUUGAACAUGAAUCUUCCUGUGCAGAUGAGAUUUUUAGCAAUGGAAUCAUUCUUCCUAUCAAAAUUCAGUCUCACAAACAAUCUCAUCCUUCACUUCCUCCUCUUCCUCCUUCCAUAGAACAUUCAAAGAAAAUCACAUUGGUGACUUCAUCAUCAUCAUCUUCUUCUUCUUCUUCUUCUUCUUCUUCAGAUCAUCAGUUAGAACAGAGAGUUUCAGAGUCCAAAUCCUUUUGGGGAUUCAAAAGAAGUACGAGUCUCAACAACUUUGAAACUAAAACACUAUCUCUUUGCCCAAUUCCACUUCUAUCAAGAAGCAACUCAACUGGGUCAGUUUCAAAUUCAAAAUCCAAAAAGUUUAAAGAUUCACAAAAGCAAAAUUCUCAGAAACAGAACUCAUCAUCAAUGAGAAAGUCGUCGCCGUCACCACCGUCUUCGUUAAAUCAAUAUCCAACAAUUCUAAAGCCUCAAAUGUGCAAGAAUCCAGGUGGGGUUUAUGGAACUUAUCAUUAUAUUGGUCCUGUGUUGAACGUUCCUCCAAAGUUUUUUGGUUUUGGUUCACUUCUUGGAUGUGGGAAAGAAAAAAAGAGUAAGAAAUGAAUUUUGUUCAUCAUUUUGGUUUGUAUUUUUUCUUUUCUUGAUCAGUUUAAAAUCAGCACCUACCUUUGCUAAUGUGUAAUGGGUUUGUUCUAAGGUUCUUAAGCUGAUUUCUAUGGUGAAUUUUUGUGAAAAAUAUAUUAUUAAAGGUAAAAAAAACUAAUGUAAUUUAGAUAUAGUUGUUGUGUACUUAUACUUUAUACAUUUUUAAUUCUUCAUUUAGUACAUAUAUGACAACAAAAAUCUCCUACUUUCAUGUU